AUGACAGAUCGUGGAGGGAUAGCGACAAUGUCACAUUCUGAUACAAGGUUCCGCACAUAUGAUGAAGCAGCAUAUCAUCAUCAUAAUCGUUCAAGUAGGCCUACUUUACCUCCUCUCUUACCGACAUCAAUAAUGGAAGAAAAGCGAGAGAUGGCGCCGAUCUUACAAUCUCCUCCCGCUUCAACCCCUUUUUUACAGCUUCCAUCUCCUAUCAGCUCCACGUCAAAUCCUAGGAGAUUGAGAAGUGCAAGUGAGGCAACUGCUCAUCAACCUCCGUUUAGAACGCUUUUUGCUCCUCCUCCGCCGCCAUUUGGUUCUUCAUCUCAAUCACAUGCAAGUAUAGACUCAAGUUCUACUUCUACAACACCCGCAAAUCCAGCUUAUGCACGUAGUGAUCGCGGGGGAAGUCCCGUUCUAUCUACUUUACCGCCUCUCUCUCGAUUUUCGAGUAAUAUUCGAAGGAGCAAUACGAUAUCCGCAGUUUUACAUCAUGGUCCUUCCUCUUUAGGUGGUGGAAAUGGUACGCUUGCCCGACAAUUACCACCGCCUCAUCGAAUCUUUUCUCGAAAAUUAUCAGAUGCUUCUUCACGAUCUCAACAUCCUUCAUUACCUGCUCCUUUUGCUCAGACUGGAUCGCCCUCUCACGCUCAACAUGGAGCAUGGCAACAAUAUCCUCAUCAUAAUCAGUACGGACAAAGUGUGGGCAGUCUUAAGGAGCCGCUCACGCCUGGAGCGAUGAGCAAUAGUUCUAGCUUUAGUACAAAUACGACUACGAGUAGUAUUGCGAGUGCUAUCGCUCAUCAUUCUGCUACUUCUACAGGUUUAGGUACGAUCGCUCAUUCGCCUUCUUCAUCCACUUCAACAGUUGGCAAAAAUAUGGGUACGCGUGGAAUGAUUGACGAAGUAGGAACGAGCGGCGGCGAAGAACAUUCACCUUCUUCACGCAAGAUGGCAAAAGUUCAUGUGCCUUCAGCAUGUUUAAAUUGCAAAAAAGCACAUUUGGCAUGUGAUGUGAACAGGCCAUGCAGAAGGUGUAUCAAUCUUGGCAAGACGGACACAUGUAUUGAUGUUCGACAUAAAAAACGUGGUAGGCCAAGAUUACGCGAUCGUGAACAUUCGGCCAAUUCAACUACGAUGUUUAGUGCGAGUAAUUCAUCUUCUUCUCCACGACAAGGAAUUCCAUCUACGCCUCCUCAUUAUGGUCAAAUGCAUCAUAAUACUUCACCUUUUGCAGCAGCAGCAAGUGGGAUCACUCGCGGAAGAAGUAUUUCAGCCGCUUCGAUCGGUAGUGGAGCAGGUGGUAUGUCACGAAACAUUGCUAUGGCAUACGGUACACCAAAUCAACAACAAUAUCCGCAACAGCAACAUCAACAAUCGUCAACAUGGAUGAUUCUUUCUACAUCUCUUCAUUGUGCACGUAACAGUACAAAUUUGCCAAAUAUGUUGGGCAGCGUUCGUCAAGAUGAUUUAUUGGGAACUUUUUUGUUGGAUAUCAUUCAUCCUGCUGAUGUUGGAAGGGUGGAAAAUAUGUGGAAUUUGUUGAUAAAACCUGUUGAUGUUCCUGUUCAACCACUUUAUGCUCAUCCGGAUACGAUCAUGUCAAUGUCUUCAGACGAUUUAAUGACGCCAGCAACAGGAACAGUAUACCUACGUGAAGAAAAUAUUCGAAUCGCUCAAGUUCCAAAUCCUGACGGAAGAACGUCGUACAUCGUUCGUUCUAUCGGCUUUCAUCUUGGAGGCGGAACAUUUGGCGUUGAUCUUUAUCGAAAACAUACUUUUGAUCGUGCCUAUAUUGUUGCCUCUUUUUGGUAA